CGCCGCUGCCCACGUGGCGGUCACACUAAAGGGGCCAAGAAACUGGAAUUUAGUAAAUAAUAUAGAAUAGAAUAGUUAACCAAGUGACAAUGCUGCAGCAAAUCAAGAUGCUGCUGCUGGGCAUCAUUACGCUGUGCCGGCGUGCCUUGUGCUGCUUCUCCAGGCGCCGCAAGCUGAGCCACAGCGGCUCCGGAUCCGGUGACCAACUGCAGGCGGUGAACGUAAUUGUGGAACGGGGUGACUUUUCCGCCUCCUCCGCUGGACAGCCCAGCGGUGGCAGGUCGGCGGUGGCGCGCGAGCGGGACUGGAACUCCUGGGACGACAGUCCGCGCACCGUGGAGGAGCACAUCGAGCAGUAUCGCCAGCGAAUGGCACAGCCGCCUACGCCGCCCAAGGAGGAACCCGAGCCGGACUUCUUCAGUGAGCUGACGCCCACCAUCAAGCCGCAGAUGAAGUUCUACCUGGAGGAUCCAUCAGCCAGUGCGGCGGCCAGCCAGCAAAGUGACUUUUCAAGACUGCAGGCCCAGGAUCUGGUGCCUAUUAGCGUAAAUGCCGAUCUCGAGGACUGGGUGGAUGAUAAUGCCGGUGGCUGGGAGGAGCUGGACACCUCUCAGACCAAGCAGAUUCUGCGGGAGAAACGCCGCGAGUUGCGCCACCAGCGACAGCCGCCCGUCCGUCCAGCUCCGCCCACUGUGGGCGCUCAACGGCUGACCGACGGACAGCGAGCGGCGUAGUUGUCGCUGCACCAGCCCCUAACCAACCUCGCCAACCUCACCCACUCUGACCAUUCCACAACCAACCACUUGCAUUCUGUUUCCCCUUUCUUUUGUUCGAUUUAGUUGAUUGGCCACACGAAAUAAAUCUUGCCUUUCACUCGCA